GUCCUCUACUUCGCGCCGAUCACCCACGACCAUGACUGUACCCAGGAAUUCAUUGCGCGGCUUCUUAACCCAAGCCCGAGGCGCACUCCGAGGUGCCAUCGAAACCAGCCAGAAUGUUACCAUUGUCAUUGGAAAUGAGAGCGCAGAUCUUGAUAGCAUGUCAUGCUCCAUCCUAUAUGCAUAUAUACGGUCUAUGGCUCCACCCCGAAACGCCUUCUCUGCAAUCUACAUUCCAGUAACCAACAUACCCAAAUCAGACAUUCAACUACGCCCUGAAUAUCUGGAACUCUUCAAACACGCCAACAUAACCUCUCACCACAUAUUGACACUAGACGAUUUACCUGAUCUGUCCACUAUCAAGUCUCAGCUACCACCACAAAACACGAAGUGGGUCCUAGUAGACCACAACGCUUUACAGGGCCAGCUUGGCAGCAUUUACGCCGACAGGGUUGGAGGCGUCAUCGAUCACCAUGACGAAGAAGGUAAAGUACCAUCCGAGACCGGCGACGAACCUCGCAUGGUGGAGAAGAGUGGCAGUUGCACCAGUCUCGUCACCAAGUAUCUGCGGCCGUCAUGGGAUUCGCUUUCGGGUCUAGGAAUAUCGUCGGCUGCUGCCCAGGCACAAGGAGACAGCCUAUCAGAUGACGCCGCCGUCGUCAAAGUCUGGGAUGCUCAAGCUGCGCAGCUUGGAUUGGCGAGCAUUCUUCUUGAUACUGCAAACCUGCAAGACAAAUCUAAGACUACUGGCCAUGAUCGAGAAGCUGUUGAGUAUCUCGAAGCCAGAAUUCUGGCCUGUCCGAAACUUGCUGCGAGCUUUGACCGCAACAAGUUCUACGAGGAGAUUGAUUCGGCGAAAAAGGACAUAGGAGGAAUGCAGCUGUACGAUAUACUGAGAAAGGACUACAAGCUAUGGAACGACAAGGGCCAGAAAGUCGGCAUCAGUUCCGUGGUGAAAAAUAUUGAGUUCCUGCAGAAGAAGGCGGCAGACGAAGCAAAUACUGGUACGGCAGAUGCCGCUUUCUUGGAAGCACUCCAGCGAUUCGCUACAGAGCAUGAGCUGGACCUGUACUCAUUGAUGACCACGUCGACUUCAGCAGAGGGCCACUUUCAGAGGGAGCUCCUUGUCUGGGCGUUCAGCGAAACCGGUAUCACAACCGCAAAAAAGUUCGCAGCAGAGUCCGGCAAUGAGCUGGGCCUCGAGGAGUGGCAGAGUGGAGAAGGGAAUUCUUACGAUCACGACGGCGACGGAUAUUGGAGAAAUGUGUGGUGGCAGCGCCAUGUACAACACAGUCGAAAACGUGUCGCACCGUUACUCAGGGAAGCCAUGAUUUGAGACAGCGCCAUGUAUCUUAUCUGACAUACAGCGCGCGUUCGGAACAUUGGGCCUGACAAUUUAAUUCUAGAAGCUUGCGUGGGAAGUUUUGCAGGCGAGGAUAGGCCGGUCUUUGUCGGGGAUCAACACUGUCUGAUGCCUGUAUUGGCGAUCCUGUUGUGAACGACGGUCGUUGGGCAACGUGCGCCUCAGAUCGAUUGAUACCCAAACAAGGCACAUGCAGGAUGCAAUUCCUGGGCGGAACUCGUGGAGCGGUGGGGAUACCACGUCGUCUUGUGGCCAAGGGUGAUGGGUCCUCGUCUCUACGAACCGCUUCACGCAGUCUCGUACGGCGCCGCGCAGCAUUACCAAGUCAAAUCGAGAAGAACACGCACCUGGAUCGGACGCGCAC